AAAAGCUUGCUUGAUCCACAGUGCAAGGAAAAGAUCAAAAAGGCCAAUCACCAACCUCUUCUUGAUCUCUAGCUUGCAGAGGACACAGAGAGAGAGAGAGAGAGAGAGAGAUGGAUUGUGGGUCGUCUUCUAGCAGCAAGAAUAAUAACAUGAAUGGUCAGAGAGGACCUUGUGGGGCGUGCAAAUUCCUCCGGCGAAAGUGCGUCAAGGGCUGCGUAUUUGCACCGUUCUUCGACUCCGAUCAAGGCACGGCUCACUUCGCGGCGGUUCACAGGGUGUUCGGAGCCAGCAACGCCGCCAAGCUGCUCCUACGAAUCCCUCCUCACCACCGCCUCGAUGCCGUCCUCACUCUCUCCUACGAGGCUCUCUCUAGGGCUCGAGAUCCCGUCUAUGGCUGCGUCGCCCACAUCUUCGCCCUUCAGCAACAGGUAAUAAACUUACAGGCAGAGUUAGCUUACGUGCAAGCUCGUCUCUCAACGUUGCAACGUCUCCCAAUGGUUGCGACUCUUCCUCAACACCAAACCUCUUCAUCUUCUAACAAUGACUUUCCCUUUGAUCCAACUAAUUCACUUCAGUACUCAACUUUUUUCAACCCUUGUGAUCUUCAUCAUGAUGCUGAUCUUCAAGCUUUGGCAAGAGAUUUUGUAUCAAGAAUGAAAAGAGAAGAAAAUCUAAAUGGGACUUUUCUUAGCAAGAGAAAGAGAAAGAAGUUUUUUCUCCCUUUUCCUUUUCCCUUUUCCCUUUUUUCAUCACUCAAUUCAAGCAGCUUUGGAAAAACCAACCGGCCAACGGAUUUUUCACCUCUUGGAAUUUUUUCUGGAAGCAGUGAAAAGAAAUCUAAGUACUGGUGUACUGCUGAGAAGAAGCUUGCUGAAUUGAAGAUGGAGGAGUGGGUAGCUACAAGGUUGAUGUCUGGAAAAGCUUUUAUUAUUAUUAGUUUUUAUGUUUCUGAGAAGCGUUUGGUAGUAUCUGAUGCGUUUUGUUUGCGUGAGGAGCAGAAGAUUUGA